CACAACUGUGGGGCCUCAUUGCUUGCCCAGCUGGGCAGGGGUAAAGAACAGCGGAAUGGGGGGGCUGAGCAGGGCCACUUGCAGCUCAGUGAGGCCUCAACCUCAGUGACCUCAUAAAGGCUACUGAAAACGAAGUUCCGGUGGACUGAGGUGAAGUGCCAAGGCCAGGGCCGAAGGAGGCUUGGGGACCAUGGAGGGCAGAAGAAGGCAGAAGACCAAGAGAUCCCCACCCACACAGAAAAGGCCUCCACAGAAGCCUCGAAGGCUGCUCACACAAGAUCGAGGUGAGGAGCAGUCCAGCAGGGUGCAGAAAGGGAGGUGUCAGCUGCACACUGCCCAAAUGACCCAGACAGAGCCACCAGAAGCCAUAGUCACAAAGACUGAGCAGACUACACAGAGGGCAAAAGAAUUCAAGAGCCCUGUGGCUGCCCACCCAGCUUGGUCAGGAGCAGAUGCCAGAUCUCAGAGCAUGACAGAUGAGAAUCUCCUGCCCCUGACACCCCGGCAGCUGACAGCCUUCCAGGAUAUCUUCAAACUGUUCAGCUGCAGCCCAACAGGAACCGUGGACAUGCGCAGCAUGAAAAUUGCCCUGCGCAAUGUGGGUAUCCAACUGGGCCCUCAGGAGAUGUGUGAGGCUCUUCGGCUGGCAGACUUGGAUGGUGAUGGAAUCGUAAGCUUCAAAGACUUCCUGGGUGUCCUCACUGACAACCAUUAUGUGGCUCAAUGCAUGCGGCAAGUGAGAAACCGUCGGAUCUGUGACUCCAAGAGCCUAAAGACCCUGUUCAUAGAGAUCCUGUUCAAACUGCUUAGCCAGGGCUUUGUGCCCUCCAAGUCCGCACAGGAGGUGAUGAGCUACUACUUCAAGAAGCAGAGGGCUCUGCAGUUGAGCCCGGGCUGUAGGGGUCGGGCCCGCGGCCAGGGCCGGCCGUCGCGCGCCCACGCUGGCCUCAACUUCUUCUGUCAGGCGGCGCGCGUCAGCGGCCUCUCCAACACGGAGCUAGCGCGCUCGCUGCACACACUGUGCAAACCGAGUGCGCGCUCAGUGGGUAGAGGCCGGGGGCCAGAGGCGCAGGGCUGGGGGCCACUGGAGAGGGGACUCUUCCGGUCACACACAGUCCCCGCCACCACCUCUGGCCUCCGAGGACCCACUCCCGGCACCACUAUCCCCUCCUCCUUCUCCUGCCGGGCGCCUGCCCCAGGUGCGCGCAACCCCUACUCUCAGAUACCCAAACUGGCCGGGCGGAUGCGGCCAGAAUGCAGGACGCGGAGCCGAAUCCCCGGCCCCCCCGACAUCCGCCUUCCCAAGCCCCACCAGCCCGGCCGCUCCAAGCUCCUGCCCAACCUGGGACCGCUCAGCCCAGGGUACGUGGACGAGUCGCUGGAGCAAAUAGGCCUCUCAAAGCGGGCUCUGUCCCCUGCGACUCUAGUGCAGAAGCAACCCUUCUCCCCUUCACCAGCCUCUUUGCAGAAACAAGCUGUGAAGAGCUUGUACAAGUAAAGCGUUUGCUGAGCGAAA